CAGACUCGCCGUACAGGAUUUGGGAAGCGUAGAAGGACGUCCCCAGUCUGAGCAUCCAGCGGACAGCUUGCGGCUGAAUGAUGACUCUUUUCAGCCAGGCGUGAGUCCCAAGAACCGUUCGUACAGAUAUUCUAGCCCGUCCGGCACACCCAGCCCCAUAGCUUCUCCAAUAUUAUGACGGCCGAGCCACAAGAGGGACCCUCGCAUCCUCAUCUUCCGUCGACAUCGUUCCUUCCAUCGCGGCCAGGCGCCGUCCAUCUUCUCAUCCUUCUCAGAAGUCCGGACACAGCGCAAUCAGAAAGGUAGUGCUUUACUUAGCUUGCGUGCGAGUCACAGACUCUGGCCUGGGAAUGCGAGGGAGGUCCGGUCCCCGUGGACACUUUCGAUGCACGGCUACCGCGAAUCGCAGCAUCGCGCUCACGGGGCUGAGCCCCGUCGCCUAUCGCGCACUCGCGUCGCUCCGAAGCUGGCACUGGUGCAUCGUCUAACUGAGACAACAACGCGCGCAUCGCCGUCCGCCCGGGUUCGCGAGAGCGGCCAUUCGGCCUUCUUCGAGUCGAGCGCGCGCAAACGUCGUCCUCGCAUGACGCGCCCGUCGCGUCGGUCCCCACCCCCGCUGUUCUGCCGGGUCCAACGUCGCGCGCAGAAUCCCAUGAACGGCAUGUGUACCGCGAGCGACGCACGCAGGCUCGCCCUCCUCUCACUGAACUAUACCGCGCCCACCGCGCAUCGGUCGGUCCUGUCAGUAUGGCCUCCACACUCCCUCCGAGUCCGCAUUUCAUGCGCCGGGCGUCCGACACCGUUUGCAUGCAGUCCCGUCAACCGACGGGCUACGCCCCUCGCGGAUCGCCAUCCGUACCUUCCACAAGCACCCCAAGGCCCGCAUCUGACCGUCACACCAGAUAGAUCCCGGAUCGCCAUGCAGUGUAUUCACCAUGUACAGUAGUUGUGUAACACAAUAAGAAAUCCAAAGGAAAUGCAAAGCACCCGGGCCGCGCACACGCGAGCCGCUUCGCCC